GUUAGGUUCUUUCAAUUGAUCAAGUAACAUCGUACAUGAAGAGCAGCGCCCAAAACGCGCAGAGCAAAAAGAGAGAGAGAAAUCAGAGUUUUAUCUGAAACUUGUCACAGAACAGCAGCAGCAGCAGAGCAAGAGAAACCUACUACUGCAGCGCAGCCAAGCAAACAAAACCCGAGGGUCGCUGUAAAUGAGCAAAGUACACGCAACGUUGAGUUAUUUUGUAAAUUUUAUCAUUAUUUAGUAGUAACGUAGUAGAGACUCUUAACAAAUUGUCACCAAAAGUUACAAAGUGCGAGUGUGAAGACGAGCAAGAACAAACUCGUCGUCGUCGUCGAAAUUCUCGAGUGCGUGAACCAAGUGAAAUCGGAAAACCGAGUUUUCCACCCAGCGAGAAGAAAAUCGAUGCACAUCAGCAGCAGCAGCAGUCAAAGUGCGUUUCGCGGAAGAAGAGUGGUUAUGCGGCGGAACUAGCAGCGAGAAUCGCAGCUCUUCGAGAGAAUACUUAGGAUUUUCAAAUUUUGCACUUACAACCCACAAAUCGCAAGUUGAAAAUCAGUUGGAGCAACUGCAACACAACAACAACAACAAAAUACAAAUGAAGAGUAGAUUAUUUAAAACGCGAGUAAAAAAGUAAUAUUUAAAAAUUACAAGUUAAUAAAAGAAAGUGAUAAUCAAGUGCUGUGAAUUACAAAUAAUAAAAUUUUAAUCGUAAGCUAACGUAAGCAAAUAAAAAGGAGGAAGGAAAGUCGAUACCCGAGUCCUUCUACACAACACAAAAAGAGAAGGUGGAAAAACGCAGUCAGAGUGAAGAAGCGAAGCAUAGCGAGCGCUGAAGAAAAUCGAAAGAGUUACAGAAAAAAAGUCGCUACACAACAAAGUGAAAAGCCAAUCGCCAAGAGAGCAUCCCUCCUCUUGUAUUUAUGAGUGCGAAUUUUGCUGCCAUCGACGAUCUGGUUGAAGAGUUUCUGAAAAUGGAACUCAUUUCCGUUCCUCCGUAUCCAGGCCAGCUGGGCUAUCUAGGAUCCAACAAAGUCAACGAUUUCCGAACACCGUUGAUGCCGAUUCCGGCCAACAGUAACAAAACCGCCAACCAACGCCAUCAGACGCAGCAGCAGCAGCAGUCCGGCAAUCAGCAGCACCAGCAGCAGCAGGUCAGUCAGAGGAACCAACAUCUGCACCACCACCACCACCAUCACAACGGCGGCCAUCACCAUCACCACCACCACAAUCAGGCCUCCCAGGAGAACUACCAGCCGCAGGAGCCGGCGACGAUAGCGCUGACCGCGUCGCCCCACGAAGAUGCCCUGCAAGCGCUGGCAGCCCGGCUGGAGACGGAACUCCGCACAGCCAAGCGGCGGCACCUAGUCUGCACCGAGGUGCUGCUCCCGGCCGACCUGCUUCCCCGGAUAGCGGCCCAGAUGUUCGAGCUGUCCGAGAAGGAACCGUGCGGCAUCCGCGGCUGCACGGUCUACAUCGAGUUCGAGGACGAACCGGAAAACAGCAGGCGGAUCGCCACGAUGAAGACCGAUCCGACGACAGUGUCCACAUUCGAGCUGUAUCUGACCCUGCGGCAAGACCGAAGCGGCUGGACCUCGAUCCUGCCACAGUUUCUCAAAAAUCUGGCCCGUGGCAGCACGAUCAUGAUCAGCCCGGAGUUUGCGCUGACCAAGAACAAGCUCUACCACGCGUACUCCGACUAAGUCGCGCCCGCAGUUCAAGGUAGGAAAGUGACGUUCCCCGAAAACCGUUUGAAAGUUGUGAGUGUUUGACGCCCCCCCGCCGGGGCCGACCGCAAAGGACGCUACGCACGGUUUUUGCGCUGCGUGCAGUGUUUUUGAGUAUUUCGAGCGAGACAAAAAAAGUAAAUAUUUAACGGCAGCAGCAGCAGCGAAUGUGGAGUUGAAUCAACCUACAAAAAACAACCAACCCAAGUGAUGUUAAUGUGUAGGAUUAACGCUAACAAAUACAGCAAAGAGAAAAAAAUUGUGUACAUGUAGCCACACGCAAACGUCAAAAUUUGCAAAAACGAAAAUCUCUCUCAUCUUUUUUAAUUUUUUGUGUACUAGGAGCCAAGAGCAAGAGAGUUACGAGAAGAUACAAAGUUCGUCGCCAUUUGUGAGAGUUUCGCGCAGUUUUAGGGAGCGGUAUUACAAAUCAGCAGUGUAUAGAGUUGGUCAACAACAUCGAUUAGAAAGCCCAUCAUACUGUUUCGUUUCGUUGUCGGUGUUGAGCAGAGCAAAAAAACAAGCCUUGAAUUACAAUUUGCAUUACAAACAAAAAAAAAACGCUAAAAAUUAUUAAAAAUCGUAAUUCGUCGUAGUCGUCGUAAAUGUCAGUGCAGAGAGAUGCAGAGAGAGAGAAUAAUCAGGCAGCAUAAAUAGGUAUGUUUUUUCAAAUUGAAACGAUUUUGUGAUGAUUUCCUAGUGAUUUUCAAAUUUUGCCUCCCCUGCGGGGAUGCGCCCCUGGCCAGCAACUGUCAAUCGCGGUGAGCAUGGGCGCACUUCCAGCGGUGGGGCAAUUGUUAAGUUUUUCUCUCGUGCGUGAGCAAAAACAAAUCAUACAAAACAAAACAAGCGCAAUCGUGAUCGAAAUUAAUUAAUGGUAUAAAUUUUGCGGAACAAAAAACACUUUUCUGUUGAUCAUUUUCAGUUUUUGGCUCUAGGAUUUAUCAAAUUGAUGUUAAGAACUCGACAAAUUUAAACGCAGCGAAUUCCGUUCUUUUUCCUCAAGUUUACCAACCCGUUUUUAAAUAUUUUUUGCGAGAUUUUAUAAUUUUUCGUUUUCGGUUGACAAUGAUUCGAUCGUGUGUGAGGAGGAAUGUUCCUACAAGUGAAAUUCAAAAUUUUUCGUAACGUCAAAAUCAAAAACUAAAUCGGGGUGGGAAAGCGGGGAAAAGAAUGGAGCGAAGAAAGAGAGAAAAGCUAAUAACAAAAAAGGGGAAAACGGGGUUAGGAUGAGCGAAGCGAAACAAAAAACCGAUAAAGCAUUUGUGAGUAAUCUUGAAUAAGAUUUUAGAAGGCUAAGCGAGAGUUAAUAUUUUUUUCUGACGCAGAUUUUCUUGUGUCUCUCCCAACAUCAAGCAAAAGCACACUUUUUUUAUUUGUCUCUGUUUAUAAAUUAUUGAUUAAUUACUAGCUGAUAGCGAAGCGAAGAAAAGUGAGGAGGUUAUCAUUUGUGAUAUUUGCGCUAUUUAAGAAGUCCAAACACUUUUGGUUCUCUUGAUUUUCUGCAACAAAAAUCGAGCAACACAAAACAAAAAAGAGAAAGCGAGCGGAAAACCCUUUUCCGACAUAUUUUCUUUUUUCUUCUGCAAACUUCUUUUUUGAUCUCAGAGUUAAUAAUCGAGUAGUAGUAAUAAUAAAUUAUCCACAAAAAGUAAAGAAACAAAAAAAACACAGUUUAAUCAAUAGGAACAAACAAAGAAAAAACAGCUUUUCGAUUUGCUUGCACUUGAUCUCCGCGGGUGAGAAGUGAGAGAGCGUGUCUCACACAGACAAAAACAGUUACACACACACUCACAGAAAUAUCAAAGAUUUAUUCAUCAAGUUUGAAGUUGUGGAGCGAAAAUCCACACACACAAAAUAUCAAUUAUCAGAAAUCUCCUCUCCUACUGUAAAACCUUUCAAACCAAUCAAAUACACACACACACACACAAACGCAAACCGAUAAAAAAUCUAAUGGUUUUUCAAUCACUCACACAACCAGCCGAUCUUUUAUUAUUAUUACUAUUACACUCUCAUUGUUUGUUACAGUAAAAUGUAUUGGAUAUAUAUAUAAACGAUAUGUGUCUGUAGUAGUUAUCAACAAAUUAUUAAUCAGUAACGUGUAAAGUAAACCAACAAAAAACAUAAAAAUUUGCAAAAUACUUCACACAAAAUGUUUAAAAACAGAAAAUAUCUCCAUCAGUGUAUAAUUUGACAAACGAAAAAUAACAUCUCUCAAAUAAUGUUUUCAUUUUUACUUUUAAAAUGCGCAAUUGUUUAACUCACAGUUGCAAAAACAAACAUAAACUAUACAAAAUACAAAAAAAAAGAAUCGAGUGCGGCUGGCUCCAAACUUGCCGUGAAAAACUCACGAAAAACUUCCCACAGUGGCGUCUCCCGCAACGGUCAAAAUCCGGACGGCAAAAGUCAGUCUAUCAACUUGGAAAAAUUGCCCCUGAAAAAAAGCGGGGAAAAAGUUUCCACCAUUUCGAAAACCGCGUAAAAACAAAAAAACUUGAUCAGUUGAACCGCCCAACCGCCUUUCAAAAUUUGGUUGCGUGAAGUGACGUUUUGACGUUUCUAGUUGACCGAAAAUUUAGCGAUCCCACUGUGGCGAAAAAUUGUGGUGAAAUUUUCGCCGGCGAGCCGAAACGUCAGCGCCCACUCGAUUCCACGAGCUGUCCCACCAUUGUGAUUUUUAAGUAUAAGUUUGUAGGCCGAUCGUAACGAAUUAACUGCUAUUUGGGGGUCGCAUUGUUGUCGUCUUUUGAGCGCGCACUUGAGCUGCGCCAAAGUCGGCUGGCAAGCAACAACAGAAAAACUGGGGAAGAAUCAAGCAGUGGAGUAAAACACGGAAAUUUGAAACAAUAAUAUGAUAAACGGAAAAUAAAAUGUGGAGAGUCGUGAUUAGGACGUAAGGCAAAAACAUAUUUAAAGAAACAAAAAAAAUGAAAAACAAAAAAAAUCCACUCUCUACAUGAGAAAAAUUAUUACAGAAAAAGUGGAAAAAUGAAAUGUUUGAUACAAAAAAAUAUUGUGUGUGUGUUUUUCUAUAUUUAUAUAAUAUAUAUCAUUAAAAAAAACAAAAAAUAAAUUAAAAUACUAGGAUUUUCAAAUUUCAGAAUAACUAAACAAACAAAUUUUUAACAAAAGCAAACCCACACAAAAAACUCCUGUAACAUUUCGUUUUUUCUCUCUCCCCAAAAAAUAACUCAUUGAAACCAAUCAAUCAGUCCGUACUAGGCGACAAAACCAACAACACGAGUCAAUUUUUACUUUCUAAUUUAUUACUCCCUCAUCUUCCCUCCUCUUUCCGGAUACACCAACCGAUACGAAUAUGAAAACAAACAAACAAACAAACAAACAAAAUCUUAGUUCGGUAGUUUGACAACGAAAUUUUUCACCACAAAUCCCUUUGGAUCAACGCAAAAGGGUUUCCGGAGCGGCGACGCUCUCUCGCUCCCUUUUCAUUUGCGCUCUCGGGUGCGAAACGACAGAAAGAGAGCCAGAGAGUGCGCGGCUCCGCUUUACGAACAAAAAAAUCUCGUUCUACACAAAUUUCUCAAAAAAUGUGAUACGAUCUUAGUUGAACAAAAGAGUAAAAUGAACCACGAAUAAAUGACGAAAUUUGAAAUUUAGCAAGAGAAAAAUUAAAGAAGCAAAAUCCAUAUCCCAAAACGUGCAGCAGUGGAAUGAUGAACAGAAUACAAAACAUAAACAUUUAACAAACAAAAAUAUUAAACUCAAGCAAAACAAACCACACUAUUGCAAAAAAAAGAACAAAACGUAAAAAUACUAUAUGUAUGUAUUAGUAGUUUUUCGUAUACUUAUCAAAGGAAAGCAAAACAAAAAAUAGAAACAAAAAUCAUUACAAUAUCAUAAACAUAAACAAAACAACAAACAAAAAAAUCCACAAAAUACUAUUUUUCGUUUCGUUUUGAACAUUUUUUGAGCGCGUCCGCCGUCGCAUUUUUGAAGCCAGUGCGCGGGGGUGGACCGCUCUGACAAAAAAAAACUGUUUUUAAUUUCCCUUGUAUUAGUAGUACUAGCGGAAGAGACAAGCACAACGUGAUCAAGUAAUGUUAAAGAAGAAAAUGAGGACUACAACCUUACAAAAAAAAACAAGCUAAAUGUGUAUAUGUGUACCAAUGCAUACAUAUUCAGAAAAAAAGUAAAAUAAAAACAAACAAAUCUUUGUAGAC